CUCUCAUGUGUGACUGGAAGUGGAGUGCAUCAUUAACCUAAGGGCCUCACCACUUGGAAGUUACAGUUUUCACCACCAGGCCUACCUUUUCCUUUUCGGUCUGGUUCUUUUCCUCAAACAGCAGAAACAUCUUUCUUUUAAUAAAGUUGCUUUUGUUGCAGAGUUAAGCAAAUGGCUGAUAGCAGCUGUGGUAAAAAAUCCACAAAGUGCCCCCACUGCUCAUCUGCUUCUCAGAAAAAUGCACUUUGUACAUGUUCUUGUAAAACAAAGCUUUCUCCAAUGUCAGUGGUGGAAAUGUCACAGACAUCAAGCACAGGCAGUUCAGAAUUUAUAUUUUCACCAGAAAAAAAAAAAGAAAAAGGAGCCAGCAAAGAUGUUACCUCUGGAAAAGAUUCGCCCUCAAAAUCUUCAAAUGUAGAGAGAAAACCAUCUCAACAACAGUGGGGUAGGGGCAACUUCACAGAAGGAAAAGUUCCUCACAUAAGGAUGGACAAUGGAGCUGCUAUUCAGGAAAUCUAUACCUUUGGAAGAGUACUGGGACAAGGGAGCUUUGGAAUGGUCAUUGAAGCCAUAGACAAGGAAAGAGAAACUAAGUGGGCAAUUAAAAAAGUGAACAAAGAAAAGGCUGGAAGCUCUGCUGUGAAGUUACUUGAACGGGAAGUGGACAUCCUAAAAAGUGUGAAACAUGAACACAUCAUACACCUGGAACAAGUAUUUGAGACACCUAAGAAAAUGUAUCUUGUGAUGGAGCUUUGUGAGGAUGGAGAACUCAAAGAAAUUCUGGAUAGGAAAGGUCAUUUCUCAGAGAAUGAGACAAGGUGGAUCAUUCAAAGUCUCGCCUCAGCUAUAGCCUAUCUUCACAAUAACGAUAUAGUACAUAGAGAUCUGAAACUGGAGAACAUAAUGGUUAAAAGCAGCUUUAUUGAUGCUAACAACGAAAUGAACUUAAACAUAAAGGUGACUGAUUUUGGCCUAGCAGUGAAGAAGCACGGAAGGAGUGAGGUCAUGCUGCAAACCACAUGUGGGACACCCAUCUAUAUGGCCCCUGAAGUUAUCAACGCCCACGACUAUAGCCAGCAGUGUGACAUUUGGAGCAUAGGUGUCAUAAUGUACAUUUUAUUAUGUGGAAAAGCACCCUUUAUGGCAAGCUCAGAAGAGAAGCUUUUUGAAUUGAUAAAAAAGGGGGAACUACAUUUUAAAAAUUCAGUCUGGAAUUCCAUAAGUGAUUGUGCUAAAAGUGUUUUGAAGCAACUUAUGAAAGUAGACCCUGCUCACAGAAUCACAGCUAAGGAGCUGCUAGAUAACCAGUGGUUAACAGGCAAUACACUUUCUUCAGCGAGACCAACCAAUGUGUUAGAAAUGAUGAAAGAAUGGAAAAAUAACCCAGAAAGUGAUGAGGAAAGCACAACAGACCAAAGAGACAGCAGGUCUGGACAAGAGGAGCUGAAAGUUUACAAACCCAGCCGAAAUGUCCCUGAUGUCAGUAACUCUUCAGAUGAAGAGGAAGGAAAACAGCCCACUGCUUAUGAAAAGACUCCUGUGCCCAGUAAGAAGGAAAAUAUAGACAACUUUGACACAAGUUUUACAGGUUCUGUAGGUAAUAGACUCCCUCCAGUUGAGCUCAAGGGAGAAGUUGAGAAACCACCUGUGACUUCAAGCCAAGGAACAGCGGCCAAAGGCACUGCUAAAUCCUUUGCCCUGCCUAGAUCCAAAAAGAAGCCCUAACAAUGCUGAAUGGUGCAGAAACAGAGCUGCUCUUUCUAGUGCUAAGAAUGAAGGGGUAGGAGGGGAAAAGGACAGUACUGUGCUGAGCUUUUAGCCUUUUAGCUGCACUGAGCCCUGCCAAGUGUUUGUACCAGUUUAGAAUUGAAGUUCCUCAUCUCCAAAGCAGCGUGGUAUUGAAGGACAGACACCAACAGACUUGAUGGCAGGUGUGGCUGAAAUCAACUCAAGGUGUUUUCGAGAGUUAUUUAGAGGAGGGGAUGCCCUCAAAGCAAAGCUGUGGGCACACUUGCCCAGUUUUACUUAAGAUUCUUACGUUUAGGCACAAUUAUUUUUAGGGGAAACUGAGAGCCAAAUAUGGUAGUAGAGGCUCCAGAUGAUUAUGUGCACUUUGCACUAGGAGAUUUGUUAGGAAAUUACUAAUAAACUUGCCAUAGGCAUAACAGCUGAAGUGCUUCAGCCAUUCACGUGUGUUCUUGUGAUUUUAGAUUGCUGUAGAUUGUUUAAGACAGCUUAUUUUAAAUGUAGAAAAAUAGAUUUUGUAACUGUUUACCAUUAACUUGCUGCUAAAUUCCCAGUGUAUUGAUUUAAUCAAUAAAAAACAGAUG